GUAAGUUUUCAAAAAUAAAACAAGUAUAAAAAAUCGUCUUUGUUAUACGCCAUCUUUUAUUUAUUCACACGGAAGACAAGUCAGCUUUUUUAGAUUCAAUAGUUUUACUAAUUAAUAUUUGUAAUUCUAUAAAGAAAAAGCUCAAGAACAUCUGGGGAUGAUUGCGUGGUUUGCAGUUUAUUUGAUGAAUAUUUGUUCAUGUGUUAUAAUGUGGUUUUAAAUGUUAAUUUUAACUCUAUAUAAAUUCGAGCAUUUUCCGUUGUAUCAGCUCGAGCAUUUUCUGAUUCAUAGUGAUAUGCAUGUUCCAUCUCAAACCAUGUACAAUCAAUCAGCUUCAGUUAUUUUAGAAAAUGGAGUUUGCUAUCAUGCAUUUUAUAAAUGAUAACUCUGUAGCAAUUGUACCAGUGAAGUGGAUUGUCAAUGUGAAUUUCUGUUACUGGCCCCCUUAUCGUGGUAGUCGAUUAGAAAACUCUAUACAAAAAAAAGAAGAGCCCAAAUUAUCUUGGGAACAGCUGCCAGCUAGAUCAUUACAUUUAUAUGCAAGCCAUGAAAAAGCACAUCAAAAUUUAAAACAAGCGGAGUUAGAUACCUCAGCUCUUGACACAGAUCAUGAUGAACAAAUUUCUAUGUCAAAAAAGCGGCGAAAAAAUUUUUCAUUGUCUAAUGAAGAACAUAUUGAGGACAAUCAUACAAAGCUUAAAUGUCCGAAUGUUCCACCAGGACUGGCAAACCCUUUAGUAAAAUCACUUGUUCAGCCUAAUAAGCUCACAUUUCAUCCUAGGCUAAGAAAUACCAAUAAUACAACUAAACCAUUUCAGGCAGUAGUAUCAAAUACAAUUUCAGGGGAGAAUAUAAUAAUGGAUUCAUCAGCAAGUUGUGAGAUCGCUUUCCCAGAAAAAAGAAAUCAGGAGUUAAAUAUGUCUGAUGAAGAAAAUGAAGAUUUCACGAUUCUUGCACAGCUAAAUCACCAGAAACUGACAAUUUGAUUGAUCAAGCUCAGCCAAAUUUUAGUUUGUAUUCCCAAUUUAAAAGCAUCACUAAUUCAUCUCCGUCAACCCCAAAUGCAAUCUCAGGAAUACUUCCAAAAGAUCUGCAUGUGAUUCUAAGCAGACUUGCAUCAAUAGAGACAAAGCAGGCCAUGCAUUCACAAAUUUUGAAUUCAAUCCUUAAUGCUGUAACUCAGCAUAAAAGUUAUGAUACUUUGCCUGAAGGCAUAAAUCUUCCUCUUGAUUGUAUACAAGAAUUAAA